AAAUAUAUUUAAUUUCUAGAAUUCAAACUUUCAUAAAUUAUAAAGUUGGUGAACCUGAAAUCGCAUUGAAUGAAAAAUUGAUGAGCUGUGAGCUGUGAGCAUCUGCAGUGCGCGUCGUGUGUUGUGUUGUGAAUGGUGUUAUUGCAAAUAACUUUCAACUGAAAGUUUGCUAUUUGGCCUAUUAUUGAUGGCCGCAAAAAUGUUUAUGCAUAACACUUAAAGUCAAUGUACGUUGCAAUUCUUAAAUAUAAAUGAAAAGAGACUGCAUUUCAUUAGAAUAAAAGUCGUUUAGUUACGACAAUAUAGUUGUUAUUCGUUGAGCGGGAACCGUUGAAUAUUAUUACACAAUGGCAGAUUUCGAUGCAAUAUAUGAAGAAGAAGAAGAAAAUGAACAAAAUUUAGAAGAACAUUACGUGACAAUGGUUCCAGAUCCUAUAAUUAUUCGUGGAGCUGGCAAUAUGACCGUAUUUGGACUUAGUAAUCGUUUUGAAUCAGAAUUUCCAAAUGGUUUAGUGUCACGUGUUGCUCCAGAAGAAUUUAAAGCAACUGUUAUGAGAAUAAACAGUGUAUUAAAAAAAACAUUACCAGUUAAUGUUAAAUGGUUAUUUUGUGGUUGCGUUUGCUGUUGCUGUACAUUAGGUUGUUCUCUUUGGCCAGUUAUUUGUUUGAGUAAAAGGACACAACAUUCAUUAAAUAAAUUAUUAGAAUGGGAAAAUAGUAGAUUAUAUCAUAAACUUGGGUUACAUUGGAGAUUGGCAAAACAGAGAUGUGAUAGUUCAUCCAUGAUGGAAUAUGUUCUUUUAAUUGAAUUUAUUCCAAAAAUACCCAUAUACAAACCUGAUUAAAGAAAAGAUCUGGAUUCUCAUAUGAUCUAUGCACAUAAAAAAUUAGUGCAAACUCUAAGAUAUGAAAAGCCAAUAGCUUCUGGCUUAAUUUUAAAAUAAGAAAAUGUAAAAUGUCACUAAAAAUGACAUUUAUGGGAUGCUUAUUUUUGUAAAUAUUAUACGUAGGAUUGCACAGUACAAUAAUGAGAUAUAAAUGCGGAACAGUUAU